GUACAAUAUGGUGAUUGUUACAAUCAAUGAAUACAUACUGGUGAGCAAUUGGGACAUGGUCGAGGCAAUUCUGAUGAGUAGAACUGGAUUUGAUGGACAAAAUGGUCCAAUAUGA